AUGGCGGAAGGUGAUGUGCCGUUGGUGACUAGUUUUGGCGGGAGCGAAAUAGAAUUUGGCGCGAAUGGGAAAGUGUCAAAAACAAAUUCAAGAAUGUCCACCUUGCUCUUCUGGCAGGGCAAGGGGAAGGCGAAUGGAGCACCCAAUGGACGAAACUGGAUUCACGCCCCAGACGCUUUAGUGAAGGGCCACGUAGCGUAUUUAGUGAAGUUCCUAGGCUUCACUCAAGUGGACCAGCCAAAAGGCAUCGAAGUUGUUAAAGAUGCAAUCAAAAAGCUACAAUUCACGCAGCAAUUAAAAAAAUCUGAGACUAAGGAUGCCGCGAAGUGUAGAAAAGUGGAAAUCACCGUGUCGGUGGACGGUGUUGCCAUACAGGAACCAAGAUCGAACAACGUUCUAUACCAGUUCCCGCUCCACCGGAUAUCCUACUGCGCUGACGACAAGGGCGCGAAAAAAUACUUCUCCUUCAUUGUCAAAUGUGGCAACACUGUCAACGGGGUCAAUGGCCACGAUGGCGGGAACGUGGAAAAGCACGAAUGUUUCGUAUUCAUAUCUACGAAACUUGCUUCGGAAAUCACGCUCACCAUCGGCCAGGCUUUUGAUUUAGCAUACAGGCGAUUCUUAAAUGACAACGGCAAAUAUAUAGAAAUGCAAAAGUUGACUUUGCAAAAUAAAAGGCUGGAAAUACAAAUGAACACGUACAAGAAUCGCUUACAAGAAUUAUCCAAAAUCACAUACAAGGACGAUCUCUCCGCGUACCUCUCCCGCAACAAUCUCUCCGACAUAGCCGAGUUCAAGCCGCCACCAGAAUUGGAGAAACAACUGUCCUCACUCGCUGUGAAUGGGUUCAACUCCAAAGGAGACACCGAUGCAGUAUCAAACAAUUCGACGGAUACAUUUAAUUCUAAUGACAAUAAUCUCCUGCUGUCCACUGCCCCGACGACGCACAACGGCAAGCCUAAUCCCGCUACUGGAAAAUUCCUUGGAGAUGUUUCAAGCAAGAACCCAGUGGUGGGCACUAAGCUGGAGGGACUUCUGCUCAACUCUGACUCAGACAGUGAUUUUGACCCAAGGGCCUUCGAGUCAGAGCCUGUGACCCGCUUCACUCCACCUGUGAUAGAUAACACAGUCACACCUACUCCACCAUUAUUGGCACCACCACCUAAAGCCUCCAAACGUCAAACGUCCCCACAACAAACACAACAACAACAACAACAACAAACUCAAUUCAUGCCACCGAUAAACAACGAUAUAUUCGGAUCGACGCCAUUUUCACUCCCCGUACAAAACUCAUUUCCCGCGCAAACUCCUGUCAACGUCAACGUCAAUGUCAAACCUAACUAUGACAUAAGCGACUUCAACCUUCAAACGUCAGUUUUCAAUACAAACUCCUUCACAAACGGACUCUCUGGCUACGAUCCUUUUGAUACUCAAAAAGCGGGAAAUAUUUUUGGUAACAGCUUCGGCAAUACAUUUAAUGGCUUCGGGAAUUUGAGUGAGAAACAAACUGUGGAGUUGGAUAGCAGUUUCAACGGUUUUUUAGAUAAAACUAUAUCGGAGAUGAAGGAUGGUUUCAGCAGAGGGAUCAGCUUUGGAAACGAUGAUUUUUCAAUAGAUAAUCUCGAUCCUCUCAAAAAAAAU